AUGUCUUCUCCCAAUGUCACAGAGUCACAUCCUUCUUCGUUCCUAUUGCUGGGGAUUCCAGGGUUGGAAGUUGCACAGAUCUGGCUUGGCUUUCCCUUCUGUGUCGUGUAUCUGAUUGCUCUCAUUGGGAAUAUUAUUAUUCUGCUUGUUAUCUGGACAGAUCGUAGCCUUCACCAACCCAUGUUCUACUUUCUGGCCAUGCUGUCAGUGAUUGACCUGAGUCUUUCUACUGCUACCAUCCCCAAGAUGCUGGGUAUCUUCUGGUUCAGCCUUCAGGAGCUGUGCUUUGGGUGCUGUAUUGCUCAAGUCUUUUUUAUCCACUUUUUUACAGUCAUGGAGAGCAUUGUACUUCUUGCCAUGGGUUUUGAUCGCUAUGUGGCUAUUUGCAAUCCCCUCAGGUACAGCAUGACUCUCACCAAUAGAGUUAUUGGUGUGAUAGGUAUGGUGGUAGUUCUAAGAAGUUUAUGCAUGAUUGCCCCCAUCAUUUUUCUCCUCCUGAGACUGCCUUACUGUGGAAGCAGAAUCAUUCCUCACACCUACUGUGAGCACAUGGGAGUGGCUCGUCUGGCUUGUGCCAGCAUUAGUGCUAAUGUCUACUAUGGUCUUGGGAAUAUUUCUAUAUUGCUUCUGGAUGUGCUUCUUAUCAUUAUCUCCUAUGCUAGGAUAUUGAAUACUGUCUUUCGUCUCCCUUCCCAAGAUGCCCGCCUAAAGGCUCUAAAUACCUGUAGUUCUCAUAUCUGUGUUAUCUUAGCCUUCUUUGGUCCAGCUCUCUUCUCCUUCCUCACUCAUCGUUUUGGUCAUAGCAUCCCCCAGUAUAUACAUAUCCUUCUGGCUAAUCUCUAUGUAGUUGUCCCCCCUGCCCUCAACCCAGUCAUUUAUGGAAUCAGGACCAAGCAAAUCCAGGAGCGUAUAAAGAAA